AUGGAUGUGCUCAACGCCGCCAACGACCUUCUUCCACUUCUUCCAGAGAUUCAAGAUGCUCUGAGCGAAGAAUUCGAUGGCGUCGAGUGCAGUAUGGGCCCGGGUGUCGUCCUUUCGAAUUCGCCAUUCAGCAUGCCAUUCAAUCAUCUCGGACGACAGGUCACUUUUGUUCCAGACACCUCUUGUCUCGAUGACUACGAUUCCGCGCAAAUGCAUCGCAUUCAUCUCGGCCCAAAGAGUUCGGUGUUCACCGACGGCGAGGCAGGAUGCUGUUUGGAAUUGAUAUUGGGCGCUGGAAAAGACUGGAAAACGCCGCUCACCAAGUUGUUCGCCAGAAUCUACCCUGGCAAGUGGGCGUUUUUCAUUGUCGAACUCGAGCAGGGUCAACCGACAUAUCACGUCAUCUCGUCAGCCCAUGGCACAGUUAGCUCGAUUAAACGCGAAGACACGCCCGAUUCGACCGAGCAGUCGUCGAUGAUAAGCUCGCCGACGGCUUCCGUAUCGGACGCGCUCAAUUUCUCGUUGUGGAUUGUGCCAGUCACUAAAAUUUUCGCGAUUCCCGCGCCGAAAAAAGUGAAAAUUGUGAGAAAAGUUGUGAAGAAGCGCACGCCGACCGGUGAGACAACGACGACGACAACUGAAGUUGACGGCGAGAAUAAGGUAAAAGUUCUGAAGAAGAAGCCUGUUGAGCCAAAAGAAAAGGAAAUUUCUCCAAUAAACGAUCUUCCUAAACCUGAGUUUGUCACUGUAUCAUCCAGCGAAUCAAUGAAAACUGUUGUGAACGGUGGACGCGAAGGAACAUCUAAUGACACUGCUGCUGAUAGUAGUGAUGGUAGCGCUUCUGAGCUUCGCAAAAAGUUGUCGGAAAAAAUUAUUGAUCAAAAAUUCACGGUUAACGGCGAGCCUCGCGCACUUAAUGGUGUCUCGUCGAGACUUGGACGAUCGAUUAGUCGAAGCAGUAUGACGCCGGAUCGUCGACUUGAUCCGAUUCUCGAAGAUAAAACAAUUGCGCCGGUGAUCAAGGUCACUCGUAACUCAGCAUCGCCACCGGCGAAGCCAAAGUGUCGAGUUUCACAUCCAGCUCCACCGAGUAUUCCGGUCGUUGCUCUCCAAUUGGUGCUCUCGUGCCACUCAUAUGAAGAGCUCGGCAGAUUGCGUGCCGUCCAUCCGCAUUGGGAUGAAAUUGCUGGCCAACUUCUCAACAGCGGCUAUUACAAAUUACUUGAAAGGUCCGACAAGCUUCUGAUGGCACUCCAAAGAAAAGUGAUUGUGGAGCCGGCUCUUCAUUAUGCAACGAGUGUGCUCACUUCAAUUCAAGUUCAUAUUCUGAAUCCCGUUGAUGUUAUGAGAGCUGUCAUUGAUGAAGGCGUUUGCUGCUUCCCGUAUGGCGUGAUUCUCGACAAAACCUUUUUGCUGUUGGAUCGAGUUGAAGCAAUGCUCAAUGGAAAUUACGAUGAUACUGUCAAUUGGGAACCUGUUGCGAAACUCGCGAAACGAGCCGCCGUUCAUUAUCGGACCAGUCUUGAGCAUAUAAUGGAAGAACGAAUGGGCGAGAAUUUGCGACUAAAAGCUGCUCAGAAGAUCAUUCGCCUCGAAUCGUUCGUUGUUGAUUCGCAAGUGGCCAAAUUGGAGAAAGAAUCUUCGAAGGCUCGCGAGGAUAUCCGUUGGGAAAUGGAUCAACUACACCAAAAGAACACUCAGCUGAAGCGUGAAAAUCGCGAAUUGAAAGCCGCUCAAAUGCGCCUUGAAUCUCGUGUCGAGAUCCUUGAGAACAAGUUCAAGACUCUCGCUAGAUUGCUCAGCUAA